AACAACACUCGAAACACAAAUAGAGCUAAAAGGUUCUAGUUUUUAAGGAUGGUACUAGGAAACUCCUCCAAUCACAAAUCUCAUCAUCAUCAUCAUAAUCAUCAUCACCGGGACUCGAUGAAGGAGUUUCGAGCUGUCAUUGCAGCCGAAGAACCGAUUCAGGGCUUCGAGUAUGCUGAUAUGAGGAGGUCGAAGAGCGAGAAGAUGGGCACAAGAGAGGUUGCAAAAGCAGAGGAUGUUGACAAAGAAGCAGAGGAGUUCAUCAAGUUUGAGCAUACGAAGUUCAGUAAGUGGAUGACUAAGAGUGCCUAGUUUAUAUGCAGGUAAAGAAAUAAGAAAUAAUAAGUGACAAACCGUAUUCUAUAAAGAUUGUAUUAAAUGAUAUUUGUGUGUUCUUCUUCUUUUUGUUUUUAUUUUUGUUUUGCAACAAAA